CCGAGGCGGGCCACGAGGCGAAGGCCGGCGAGGAGGGCAAGGCCUGGCGCGCCGGGCCCGCGGCGAGCCUCUCGGGCAGAAGAUCAGGCCCACGGCGCCGCCAUGAAGGUCCACAGAGCGGACUACAACUAUCAGCCCAAGGACUUCCAGCUGGCCGGCUCGAAGUCUGGAUAUCUCAAUUUCAUCAAAAAGUAUCCCUGCACCCGCUCUCCUGGCCCCGACGGCUUCCCGAACAAGUUCGACUGGAUCAUCCAUAGGCCGAAGGACCUCGACGACCUCGACGGGGACAAGGAUCCGUACGCCGUGUUCUCCUCCAUGGAGAUCCACACGGUGCCGGCCAUCCUCGAUUUCAUCGAGCAGAAUUGGCCGGAUAGCAAGAAGAAGCGCGUGGCUUACUUCACCGGCGACAUGAUGCUCAGCCGGGUAGACAAGAACUUCGGCGCAGGCACCGAAGAGAGGUUGAGGAAAGCCUUCUCUGGAGGCAUCUGGUGGCAGGCCUACGACGUCCGGAAGCCCGGCUUCAAGGUCGCCCCUGACGGCUUGAACGGUAUGUACUUGAUGCCUGUCUGGGACGUCGCGCAGGAGGCCAUCAACGCCGCCUCCUUGGAGGACAAGACGAAGGGGGUACUGGCCGCAUGGGGCAAGUUCCACCCUAACCUGGACGCUAACAUCCCAGCGCGCAGGAAGCUGCACGAGUGGGUCGGCACUAAGGGCUCCAUCGCCGCUGGGGUCGAGCACGCCUCCUUCGAACCGAGGGAGUACUGGUCAGAGUUGGCGAAGUACCGGUUCACACUGUCCCCGCGCGGGGGUGGCAUCCAGUCGCCGAAGAACGACGAGGCGCUGCUCGUCCUCACCAUCCCCAUCUCCACGCGCGAGGGCUCGAUCAGAGGCUUCAAGUCGGAGCCGGCGUUCGACGACCUGAAGAAGCUGGGCUGGCCCAUGGUGGUGCUCGACGAGUGGUCCGAGAUCACGCGGCCCAAGCUCGACCGGUGGUGGGAGGAGCUCUCCCCGCGGCUGGUGAGCUUCCGCAGGAACUGCCUCACGACGGAGGGCUUCUGGAGGAUCAUCACCGGGGAGGUGGCCUACUGCGAGUGAGCGGCCGCCGCGGAACCCGGACGGGAGCCCGCUGGCGCCGCGGAGCAGCUGGAGGCCGAGCUGGAGGAGCAGAGGACGAAGGCCACAGCCUGGGAGGCCGCCGUGCCUCCUCCUCCUCCUCCUCCUCCUCCUCCUCCUCCUCCUCCUUUUGCGUUGCCGAGCGCGCGGCUGCCCCUUCUGCAGAGGGUUGAGCCGCCCGCCAGCCGAGCAGGUCCCUGCCGAGGGCGGGGGAGGGAGCCGCGCUGCUCGCCGGGGCGGAAGAGGAAGUCGCCUGGUGCGGCGCGCGGAGGCGCGGGCGGGGUAGACGGCGCGUGCAGAGGCGUCGGCAGCAGAUCUCUCCGGAGGACCUCCUCCCUGCUCCAGUCUCCUCCUCCCCCUGGUCCACCUU